AUGAAGAGCAUCGUGAUAUCAGAGCAGGGCGUGGUGCAAUUAUCACCAUUUACAACAACGGAGCAUCCCCUCCCCUCCUCUGCAUUCGUCCAUCGUGACAAGCCAAGAAAGAUCCUUUCUCUCCUCCAUUCCCUUCCCCCCAUGACCCCCGCAACAUCUCACGUCUCUCACAUUAAAGUAAAGAGCAAGCGCCAACCGUCCAGCUCUCUGCCACCUCUAUGCGCGAGCGACGGGGAAAACGGGAUAGACGAACAAGCCCGGCCCCGGGACCCCAAGCAUCCCCAACCCGGGUACGUCCUAUCCUGUCCCCGUACGUUGCCCCCAAAUUCCAACAAAGUCUGGCUCGUCGCCGGCAGGAAAAGGUGCCAUGGGCAUAUCCCCGCUUGGGACUGGCCAUCUACUCCGUACUUGUCCGGUGCGGAUGGACGGGGGGCAAGGUUGACCCCGGCUCCGGACGAUCGUGAUAACCUCCUGCCGUCGAGCAUCAUUCCGCCAGAUCGACGCGCCCACUUCCGCGGCGAACCAGUUUUGAGUAUUGAUUGUCAGAUGCCUGACGGCAGAUUGACAGGAAGGAGAUGGGACGGAAUGAAGUUCAAGGCCUGUCAUUGUACUCCCCUGUUAACGGUGAGAGACAUGGCCAUACCCCGUUCAGGUCAGCAUGUCACCGGCGCCUCACUUCAUAUCUCACAUUUUGACUGGUUUUGCAUGGCUGCUCGUACUCAUUGCUUCAUUAUGUUUAUGUUGCGUCUAAGAUAUGCUGUCGCAUCCCGGUCCGUCAUGGGGAGCGGGGGGUAUCAUUCUUUGAAGGACCAAAAAAGGGGUGGGCAUUACAUCAACUCAUUAUCCUUCAUGGAUGGACUCCUGCAGUGGAGCCGGCGAGACACGCCAGUGAAGACGGACUGGCGGUCCGCCUCUGCCUCCAGUAUGUGA